AUGUCCCUAAAACAGAUGAAGUUACUUUAUCACUUAGAAGAAAGCGACACUAAUGGACAUCAACGUCUUAGGCGCGAGUUGCUUAUCUAUUACUGGGUGGGAUCUUCUUCAAGCCUCAACCUUCCCUGUCUUGCACUACUCAAUUUCUUCUCCUUCACUCUCCUCAGUGCUGCCGUCUACCUCAUCAUUCGUAUGGCUGCCACACUCACACUUCUAAAGCUUCCAAUUCUUCCUAACAAGCCACUACUGCCACGCCCCUCAACCUCAAAACUUGUUCCUUUUCCUUCCAUCUAUUCAAACUCAAAGUUAAAUAUCCCAAAGGCUUCUUCUCCUAACACACAGAAUUCCUCCUUCUUAGACCAAAAAAUCGAGGCUCUCAAGCCUGCUUUUCUUUCCCUCACGACAAUCACAUUUCCACUCUUGUUAGAUACCAAGGAUGCACUUGCUGUUGGAGGAGAGUUUGGGAUAUUGGAAGGAAGAUCAUUUGCUCUUGUACACCCCAUUGUCAUGGGUGGUUUUUUCUUCUAUACAUUGUGGGCAGGGUAUUUGGGGUGGCAAUGGCGGCGAGUAAGGACUAUCCAGAAUGAUAUCAAUGAACUCAAGAAACAAGUCAAACCUACCCCAGUUACCCCGGAUGGAAAACCAGUGGAAGAAGCAUCACCAUCACCAGUUGAACUCCAAAUACAGCAACUCACUGAGGAAAGGAAAGAGCUGAUCAAAGGUUCCUACAAAGAUAGACACUUUAAUGCAGGAUCCCUGCUUCUAGGAUUUGGGGUGCUUGAGUCAAUUGGUGGAGGAGUGAACACAUGGUUUAGGACAGGAAAGCUGUUUCCUGGUCCACAUUUAUUUGCAGGAGCAGGUAUUACAGUUUUAUGGGCACUGGCAGCAGCUCUAGUACCAGCAAUGCAAAAAGGAAAUGAAACAGCCAGAAAUCUUCACAUAGCACUUAAUGCAUUAAACGUUCUGCUUUUUGUGUGGCAGAUUCCCACUGGAAUUGACAUAGUGUUCAAGGUAUUUGAGUUCACAAAAUGGCCUUGA